AUGAGCAUGACCUGGAUGAGCCAUAUCCCGGAGCUAGUGUCCGUGACUAAAGACGGAUUCCUGCAACUAAGGUUCAGCGGAAGGCAGAGGAAAAUCAUUUGCGAUGUGAUCAGCGGACAUACAGGCGUUUACGGCGAGGAGUUCGAAAAGCAAAUCCUCAACGUCAAACACAGAUUCGAGACCGAAACCGACUAUGAGGAGCCGAUAUUUUCCAAUGAGGUUAUCGGGUUCUUGGAGGAGGCGUAUGGUAGAGAUCAUGAAGAGGUGUGGCGCGGGUAUAGAACCAGGCUCUAG